GCACCUGUAGACGUAAAGCGGAACUCACGCCGAGACCUUGAACGGUUAUACAGUUCGUGCUGCUGUGACAUUAGGUGAACGAGAUAUUGUCUUCGCAUCAUAACGGUACUCAUGGCUUUUCUGUUGAAAAGGAGCAAGUUCACAGUAAACUGUGCGUACCAGAGCUUUCGAUGUCUCAGCACACCGGCGUUUCAGACCUUCGUUGCUGAAAAUGAACCCAUGUACGAUUAUGCCCCUGGCAGUCCCGAGAAACAGCAGCUGGACGAGGCAGUGAAGCGUCACAGCGGACAAGUAGCUGAUGUCCCCAUCGUCAUCGGCGACGAAGAGAUCCGAACGGGCACUGCUAGGUACCAGGUUGAGCCCUUCGAUCACCAAAAGAAGAUAGCCAAGUACUAUUAUGCAUCUCCAGAGCAAGUAAAGAAGGCCAUUGAUGUAAGCCUCGCAGCUCGGGAGGCAUGGGAGAGGACGCCUUUAGAGAAGAGGUCGGAGGUGUUUCUACGCGCUGCUGACCUCAUGAGCACCAAGUACAGAUAUGACCUUCUUGCAACCACGAUGUUGGGCCAGGCCAAGAAUGUCUGGCAAGCGGAAAUAGAUUCAGCUGCAGAACUGAUUGAUUUUCUGCGAUUCAACAUCAUGUAUGCCAGGGAUGUGACAAAGUUCCAGCCAGUGAGUCCCUCCUCCAGCAUCAACAACCGGUCAGUUUACAGAGGAAACGAGGGUUUUUGGGCUGCUGUGACGCCAUUCAACUUUACAGCUAUUGGUGGUCAUCUUCCGGCCGCUCCAGCUCUUAUGGGUAAUGUGUCGCUAUGGAAACCGUCCGACACGGCUAUCCUGUCCAACUAUACGGUGUACAAGAUCUACAGAGAGGCGGGGCUCCCGGCCGGUGUCAUCAACUUCCUCCCUGCUGAAGGGCCUGUAUUUGGCGACACUGUCACCAGCUCGCCACACCUGGCUGGCAUCAACUUUACUGGCAGUGUCAGGACUUUCAAGCACUUAUGGAAACAGGUGGCACAAAAUAUGGAUGUCUACAGAACAUACCCCCGGCUCAUUGGAGAAUGCGGCGGUAAGAACAUGCACUUCAUCCAUAGCUCUGCCAAUUUGGAAUCGGUCAUCAACGGUACCGUCCGAGCCGCCUUCGAGUUCAAUGGUCAGAAGUGCUCUGCGUGCUCCCGGAUGUACAUUGCCGAGUCCAUGUGGCCCAAGGUCAAGGACGGCAUGCUACAGAUCCACAAGGAAAUAAAGAUGGGCUCGCCAUUAGAGAAGGAGUCUUUUGUUACGGCAGUGAUUGAUGAUAAGGCGUUUGCUAGGAUUAAGGGUUAUUUGGAUCACGCGAAGUCUUCUCCGAACCUGAAGGUGAUUGCCGGGGGUAACUAUGACGACAGUAAGGGCUACUUUGUGGAACCAACAAUAGUGGAAUCCAGUGACCCGCAAGAUAAAAUAAUGACUGAGGAAAUAUUUGGCCCUGUUGUUACAGUCUACGUGUACCCUGACGAGAAGGCAGAGGAGGUUGCCAAGCUGGCCAACAAUACAUCGCCUUUCGCACUGACAUGUGCCAUAUACGCCGAGGAUGAGAAAGCGAAAAACAAGCUGUGUGAUAUUUUCCGUGAUACUGCUGGAAACUUCUACAUCAACACCAAGUCUACCGGGUCCGUGGUCGGCCAGCAGCCCUUCGGCGGAGGUCGCCUCUCAGGUACGAACGACAAGGCUGGCGGUCCCUACUACAUGUUGAAGUUUACGUCUGUCCAGUCGGUCAGCGAGGCGAAAGUGCCACUCAAAGACUGGCGAUAUCCCUCCAUGAACUGAACAACCAAUCAACCGUCGGAAUUCAGAGGGAGAGGUUCUUGUGUUUUGUGUACGAAAGUGUGGAUGAUGAACAAGGACCGGCAGUAUAUUCCAUAUUUCAGUGCUAGGAAAUAUUAUAUUUUGAUUGUAUUGCCGGCUGUGUUGAGCUAUAGAACAAAGGAACUAAUUUUAAUCAAGUUGGUAUUGGCGAUACAAUUUAUUGGUAUGAACAAAGCCAUGUGGAGAUUGAAAGCAGUGGUAUUAGCAUGAUUUUUUAUAUAGUGGGGAAAACGGGUGGCCUAGUCGUCUAAGGUGAUGCAAUUAACUGUGCAGAGUUGCAUCCCUUAGAUGUGCCAGGAAUCUGAUUGUGGGUUGAAUCCUGGUUGGCCCUGAUUAUGUUUCUUGUACAAUACCUGUGCUUGUGAUUAUUUUUCUUGUACAAUACCCGUGCUUGUGGGAUUCUCCAAAGUGGUCAACGUCUGGGACCUGCAUCACUUCGGGCCUUCCUCAAGCUGACACGCCGCGAUAUAACUGAAAUACUUUCAAAGUGGCAUGAAACCCACUCAUUCACUUUCAUAUAGUAAUAGGUCAGUGGUCUAAGGCACUACAAUUCACUGUGCAGAGUUGUGUCCCUUUGAUUGCAGGAUCUGCUAGUUGUCAUUUGAAUGUCAACAGGAAUUUGAAUGACAAUAUCAAACACCCCUCUCAGAGUUUGUAUAUGGAGGGUGUUCCAUCGUAACAAUUAUACAAUUUCACUGUUUGAAUGAGUGCUUCAGAUUGCUGGGCAUGUCGUAUCCUCAGCAGUUAUGAUCCUUGAUCUGUUAACUCUUGGUUAAAGUGAUAACCACUUCUUGUUGCCCCUAUACUACUGUCAACUAUGCAGCUGCUGAAGUAGAGAUAAACAUCACACUCCAAGUGAGAUGUAAUGAAUGUUAUUUAAGGCUAACAAAAUAAUAGUCUUGGUUCACAGGCACCGCCCCCACCAUCAAGAUCUGGGGGUGGUCGGGUAGCCUAGUGGUUACAGCGCUUGCUCGUCAUGACAAAUGCCCGGGUUCGAUUCCUGACAUGGGUACAAUGUGUGAAGCCCGCCACAAUGUGUGUCCCCUGCCACGAUAUUGCUGGUAUAUUGCUAAAAGCGGCGUAAAACCAUACUCACUCAUCAUAAGAUCUGCUUCACGUUUUCAAAACAAACAAAAAAUCCUUAAAUAUUUCAUGUCUCUAACACACAAUUCAUUGUAAGUAGUCCAGCGGUAGUCCAAUACUGUCUUCUAGUCUUUUACGCGUCAAAGAAUACAUUUAUGUAGGGAGGCCCUUUCCCAGGUUGAUCGUACACAACUGUCUAUAUGGUAACAUACUUGUUUGAAGAAGAAGAAAAAACACCGCCUGCCCACACUAUAUUUUCAAGGGGCGGUCGGGUAGCCUAGUGGUUUAAGCGUUCGCUCGUCACGCCGAAGACCCGGGUUCGAAUCCCGACAUGGGUACAAUGU